GGUAUAUGGAAAAAAAGAAGGGAGAGAGACACACGUACCGCGGACACCGUGUUCUCUACGCGGUUGGAGGGGCGGAGAAGCUGCUAAUGGUCCUGUGGCUGACAACUGCUGUCUCUGCCGGCCAGUCUUCUUGUGCAUUGAAGAGAGAGGGGGGAGGCAGAUGUGAGAUCACUGUAGGCGAAUAUUGCUCGCUCCAGCUUCCCCCCUCGUCAUGUGCUGGAGGUCUCAAUCUGAGUCUCAACGAGACCCUUCCUUCGUGUCAAAGAUGGGCCAACAUCACGGACAGGAGAGGCAUUGUUCGCUCCACAAAUGAGAGUUCCCGCCAUCUCCUCCUGAAGGUCUCUGAUCUAGCUGGCGGAGGAGUUAUCAUUGAGUGUCGAGUCGGGUCUGCGGUGAUUGCAAGGGUGGAGAUCCAGCUCUUACAGGAGACUGGUGAGAGUGAGCCAUCGCCAGAGCUGCCUACAACCCUACCAGGUUCCCAACCUCCUGAGAACUCACUGACAGAGGCUCCCACUGAUCCUGAUGGACCCAAUGCUGGUGUUGUGACUGGUGUGGUGGUGGGUGUAGUUGGCCUAUCUCUCUCAAUAGCUGGUGCAGCUACUGCUGCAGGGAUCUGUUGGUAUGUACUUAAAAGGCGAAGGAGAGAGGACGGAAGUCGUUCCCAGGUUGCAAGUCCUCCUCCUCCAAUUCUCCAGCAGCAGGAGAAUACUACAGCAUCAACUAUUGUUCCCUUGCCUCCUUCCCGUCCAAACGUCCCUCCUGGGUCAAAAAUUAUAUAUCCCAAUCUGACACCGACAACUGCCGAGGACACACGUUCUGAAAAUGGCAAGAAGGAAGAGCCGGCGUGUUUCCGUUCCUCUGAACAAGCUAUGAAGGAAAAGAACACCAGAUAUGGUAAUGGUAGCCCCAGGCGGCCACAAUUCCCUUCAAGAUCCCAAUCCAAGAGAGAUGAAGCCUCUCUCCCACAGUCUGAUGCGACCCUGGACAGUACUGACGGACCUUCUAGCCACAGACCUGACUGUUUCUCUGGCACCACUGGAUCAGCAGAGCUGGACAUUGAACUCCGCGAAACACAGUAUCACUAUUCACUCCCCCAGAGUCCAGAGACCUAGGGUCACUCCAGCAUACAACCCAUAAUCUAUCACCAUUUGUACAUUAUGUCAUGGAACUCUUUUACUACAUCAAUCUUGCUAUGUGCAUCCGUCAGUGCCAUGUGUGUGUUUGGCGGCAAACUGUAUAUAAAUG